AUGGAACCUGGCGAAUACCUUACGAAUGUAUUAUCCUUUAGUAACUUCGCAUCGAUAAACUACGAGUACCUUGAACCCCAAGGGCUUCCUCCAGGGAUAGCCAGGAAGGUGCUGCAAAAACUCGAAGCAAGCUGGAGGCAAGAGGGACGGCUGGUACAUUGUGACACAUUUCGGGAUGGAAUUUGGGCAUUUCAAAAUGCCUCGAACACUUCGACGAGUUCUCCAAUAUCCAAGGGUACUUCUACAGAUACCAGUAUCGUUGAGGCGCAAGGGAUUAGGCUUGUCUUGAGGGAGAAAGGAAUAUUUGAACCUGCCAGCCUUGCAAAGAGCAAACAUACUUCGCCAAAUGCUCUGAAUAAUCCAAACAGCAACUCGUCACCUUCCUCGUCAUCCCUUGAAGCGAAUAUUCGAAAUGCGCAGCUUCAAAACUCAAGAGCAAUGCAGGGCAAUGCAAUGCCCGAACCACCGAUGCAUUCGCCUGGACUCAAGCAAUCCAACAAGCCAGAUGAAAUAUGGCCAUCAAUGAGAGAGGUUCAUGAGGGUUUCAUAUCGGCUGUGCUUGGUUCACUGGUCUAUUUUCUUUGCCGUGAUGAGUGUCUCGUACCCCUCAAUUCACGAACUUUGAUUUUGAAUUCUACAAAACCAUUAAACCAGGGUGGGUUUGCUAGUAGUUCUCUACAAAUAACAAAUGCAAUUACACUUGCAACGUUAGAUAUCAGCCUGACCUCGCUGGGUACACUUGUGGUCAAGGCUCAUUCUGAUACAGCGUCUGGUCUACAAAGUCUUGUAGAUGGUUCAGGGGUUUCAACCGCCGUGGUACCAGGCGCUGCCUUGUGGUUAGCACCGGGUGGAAAUGCUGCAAAAUUUUAUGGCACAUGCGACGAUACGGACUUGCCUUCAAGCUCAGCAUCUCAAGUACAGGCAAGUGCUACAGAUUCGAAGCUGAACAAUUUCAGUGAAGCCUCUAUGAAAUCAUGGCAGUCUAAAUGCCUCGAAUGGUUAUCUGCGAAAGGUAUCAAUACUGCUGCCAUCGAUAGUGCGGGCUGGCUAUACGUGCAAGUACUCGGCGGUCACUCGUCAUACUCAAAAUCCGAGAAUCAAGGGAUACCAAUUCUUGAAGGCUUAACUAUUGUUCCUUGGCCAGCUGUACUCUGCUUUCAAACUUCUAGCUCUGGGACUCGCGAUUCUCAGCCCAAUGGAAAACACACUAAUCAUGGGCGAGAUCCCAUUUCGUUUGCCGAGAAUUGGUUCACUGGUAGAGAUGAGAGAGCAAGUAUUAUGCUUAAGCGGCAAAAAGAGAGACAGAUAGCUGAAGCACGAUCCAAAGAGCAAGCUGAUGUAGAAGCACGUGCGCUGCAGUCGGCCAUACAAUCCCCUGCUGUCUUGCGAAGAGCGAGUAAUGCUGGCGCAAUGUAUCCAACGCCGCCGGAUGCGAUUCAUCAUCCUAUCGGAGCAACUCCAUCUUUCGACGGUGCUGCUUCUACACCAGGAAACCUGAAUCCUUUUAUCCAACAGGAUACUUCGACCAUGGCUCAAACUAGCUCUGGAAUUGGCACGGGCAUGGCUGACAGUGAGGCAGACAUUUGGGGCUCAUCUAUCAAGAAAGGAAGAGCGAUUUCAAACGCACAUUUCAAUGAUGGCGAAAACGAUGCCGAUGACCAGUUUAAUGAUAUCGGAGGGGAUCUAUUUGGAGCUGAUAUCACAGAUGCGGACUUCAAUUUUUUCGACGAGCCUGAUUCAAUUCAGCUUGAGCCACGUAUACCUGGUGCUGUGGACUUUAAGCAAAUUCCCGUCAACAUAGUCCCAGAGUCCCGUGAUGUCCAAAUCUCCUCCAAUAUGAAUGGAAUGGACGCUCCGGAUGCUCUUAUUCACGAGCCACGAGGGUCUGAGGAGAAAGAAGAUGAGAAGACAAUGUUGUUCCAAACGGAAAUCGUACCAAGCGGAACAGACGAUGGCAUAUCGAAAAAGGCCAGCAAUGCGCCGACCACGGAACAUGUUUUUCAGCCUCCAGUACAGCCUCCUUUCAACCAAGAAGCUAUUUAUAGACGACUUACUCUUGGGCCGCUGGCUGGUCGUCAAAAGAAUGCGCCUCGACGUGCUAGUACUUUCGACAAGGUGGACUUCGAAAGGGCCUUGUCAUCAGUUGACAAGAAAUACAGAGCGCAUGGACAGUUCAACUUCUCCUCGGUUAAGAAAAAUUAUAGACCAACAGAUGCUACGGUUCUACCUCAGACGGAGUAUCUUAGCAGUCGGAAGAGGAUACAGGAUAAUGAUCCACCAUCGAACACUUUUGCGCGGAUUUGGAUGGACGAAGGGGUGAAUGAUAAGCUCGAAUCACCUGAGAAAAUGGAUUUCCUGAUGGACUCUGACGAUAUGAGCCCAACAUCCGAACAAGACGAUACAAGCAAUACUACCGAUGACCCAUCUUUCCUGCCUAAACUGGGUUUGGAACGAAGUUGGCUGGCAGAGAAUGCUCAGGGAGAUGGAACCGCUACUCCUUUUGAUCCCAUGGCUAUCGACUUUGAGCAAUCCGCGAGUACACCACAGUCAAUGAGCGGCUCACAAAUCCCACUGCUGGAUGCAGAUCCCGCUGACUGGUCCCUUACCACAUACUUCACUUCUCCAGAACCCGAGGUUCAGUCGAAUACCCUUACGGACCUAGAUCGCAUAGCGACAGCACAAAUUCUAGCUGACCAAGCUGUCUCGGGCACCCUUCAACUCCCAAGAGUCUCCGGAAGUGAAACUCCCCUGCGUUCAAAUAAGGUCAACUUCACAAGAGAAUUGAUGCGAAGUGUUACGAAAGCCGCAAAAUCAUAUUUCAAAGAUAUUACACCAUGCACGAUGCGCUCAUUUUUAGACAUUCAAGGUAUCCCAGUCUUAAAUCAAGGGCUUCGAUUACCACCACGGCCCAUAAACCCCCGAGGCCCAAAUCCUUUGGAUCCGAGGUCGCAGAAUCCAUUUCCUAUACACCCUCCUCAGCUUGAGGUCCGGAGAUCAGAUUCAAAACUUUCGAUUCUCCCUCCUGCCAUAAACUUUUGGGAGAACCUCGGGUUAAGUCCUUGCAAAGGUGCCAAGGAUAUCAAUGCAGUCUGCGUCUUUCCCAACAUUGAUGGUGUAGCUACGUCCGCAAACAGCCUUCUUGAACAAAUGAAGAGUGUAUAUGAAUCUUUCAGACUGGGUAGUCAUGAUAGGAUUACCUCGAAAGAUCUCAUCGACGGCUUAAUGCCAUUUUCUUUCGACCCAGAUCAGAAUAAUGGCAGUGCCAAUGCAACAGCCCUUAACUCAAUGGUUGGCCGAUUAUGCAAAGUCCUCUCGACUUUGGCCCUCGAAGAAACGAAUCUCGUGGUUUAUUUUGUCUAUCCAGUCGACAACGCGCCUCUCUUUGUGAACAUUUGCUCAUCUUUCCAUGUCCUAUUUAACAUGUACAGAAAGGCGCUACUUGAUUUGAAGAAGAAGCCGUUCAAUGAGUUGGUCUUACAAUUGAUACCGUUGGACUUCAUAUCGUCCCCAACCACGAUUGUAGCGCCAUUGCCUUCAGAGUAUGCACGACUCGCAAUGGAGGUUUACGACCGAUGUAUGGAUUUCAGCUCUUCGUCUUCGAGUCCGGGUAUCAUGUUAGAGCAGCCUCUUCCUAAGGGUAUCGACUUCAAGCUGAACGCAACUCCAUCAGCAUCUGUACUCCAAGAAAACACGUGCUUUCAUAUCGCAUACGCGCAGAGUAUUGAUGAUCGAUGGGUUACAGCUGUAUGGACGGAUAAUAGAGGAACUCAACAAAUGACUGCCUCGUAUUGUCUUGGGCGUAGAAAUGAGCCGAUAUCGAGGCAGUUUUCAGAGAUCGCCGCCGAGAUUUGGGAUACAACCCUCGACUUCAUCUCUCACAAGAAGAUCCAUUGGCGGAUUAUGAUUGCCCGUGUCGGAGUAAUGGAUCCUUCGGAAAUAGACUUUUGGACAAGCCUCGCAUCGGCGGAGUCGAAUGCACAAGUGAGCUUAACGCUCAUCACUGUGCAGACCGAUCCUUCUUUGCGGCUGUUACCUCCAGCUGUCACCUUAACACCGAAUGGGAAUAAUCCCACACAGUCAACAACGCCUGUAUCGACUCCCCAGCACUCAAUUGUCUCCCCUGAGACUUCAACAACACCAGUUCGCGACGCAACAGUCGCGACCCCUAAUGAAGUUGUUGAGCCAGACGUAGAUGCUCGGCUCAUAGAUUAUACCGACCAAAGCUGGGGCGCAGUCCUCGCGCACCGGCUCAACAACUCCAACUCUCUCCUAGAGCUGAAUCCCGCGCUUAUAAGCGGAUACCUCAUUAAACGAGGUGGAACAAACAGCGAUGAUCCACCCAUCGUUAUCGAAGUGAAUAUUGUACAUAGUGAGGUUGUUGGAAAUCCCAGGACCUUUCAUGAGAGUCUGUUGAGGGAAAUAUUAGGUUAUUAUAGGGGUCUUGCGACCUUGGCUAGGGUCAGAGGAGUUGUGGAUCCAGUCAAGGAUGGGAGACCUUGGCAUGUCGCUGCUGCUGAGAAGGCAGUGAAGGCUUUAUAUAUGCUGAUGUGA